AUUUUAUUUUGAAUUUGUAUUAGACAUUAAUAUUAAACAUAAAUAUGGAAGCAGGAUCUGAAUGUGAUCUACUGUCUAAAUCCGUCAAUAGAAAUGAUAACUCCUAUCCUCCAUCUCAACCUCGGAAAAUUCCUAAUCCUCUUAAUGCCUUUAUGAUAUUUUCACAAGAAUACAGAAAGCAAGUGUCACUACAAUAUAUCAAGGAGAAUAAUAAAAUAAUAAAUAUGCGUCUUAGAAAACUAUGGAAAAGCUUAAGUAAAGGUGUUAAGGAUGAAUAUUACAUGAAAGCAAAAUUUGCCAAAUGGAGACAUCGACGUAAAUAUCCAGACUACGAAUAUAAUUCAUUUGUGGCUAGGAAGAAUAAGAAAAUCAAGCGAGCGAUACUGAACAAGAAUGCUUUUUCAUGUAAUACGCUGCAUACACCUACUUCAGUUGCAUCAAAAAAUAAAUCUGAAGACAAUCCAUCAGCAGAAUUUAAUGAAAAAGAAUUAUUUGCACAAAAACAAGUACAAGAAAAAGAGAUAUCCAAACUUUCUGAACCUGUUGACAUACGCAAUUCAGAAAAUACAUUGUUCAGUUCUUAUCCCGAAUAUACUUCGGUGAAAAGAAAACACGAAAAUUACAAUUUACAAGAUUCUACUUCCGAAAUUCAGUAUUUCACUGAAGAUUUUUAUAACAAAUAUAUUCAAGAGCCUAAAAAGUCAAAACUUUCUUCUUCUCAGCAGGAAACAAGAGAUGUCGACUUCAGCACGACUAUAAAAGAAGAGAAUGAUUUGCAGAAUGUGAAAAUUAAGGAAUAUUCUACUACAACAGAUUUUAUUAAGGAAUCUAAUGAUCCAGAAAUGAAUCAAGCAUCAGCAAAACAAUUUUGUGAUAGUCAAAGUAUUGUUAAAAAUGAAAUGUACAUUGUGCAGAACUUAUGCAACAUUUCGUUGUCAAACUGCUGUUCUGGAGGUCAAUUAUGUUGUUAUCCACAAUAUCCAAGUUCAAGUUUUGUCGGAUUAAAUUCUGUUGAACAUCAUAAUUAUUUGCAUUAUGUCAAAUCGAAUGGUUGUCAUUUCGGAAAUCGAAACGGGUUACUUAACGAACAAAGUUAUGUAAAUAACGAUGGAAGAUUUCUUCAAACUUAUCAAACAAGACAAAGAAUACCAAGUCAUGUCGCUAUGGUUGGCAGCCAUUUCAAUCCCAUUUCUCCCUAUUCUUAUCCUGAAGUACCAAAAGAUAAUCCAGAAUUUUAUGGAUCAUUAAAUGAAAGAUGCCCAUUCUUAGUCCAUUUUGUACCUUGCAAUGGACCUGAAAUAUUACCGCAAUCACUCUACAAAAGAGAGAUUUUGUCAACUUACGACGACAAAACUUUAAUCCGUUCUGCUAUUCAUUUUAAUAGCAACAAUCCAGGUUUGGAUUUAUCAUUUUCUAAUCUGCAAUAAACAGAUCCUGGAUAAAUUUGACUCUUAAUUAUUAUAUAUAUUUAUAUUAUUUAUAAUUAAUUAACUAUUCAACAAUUUUUGUUAUGUUUCAAUAAAAUUA